AUGUCAUAAAAAUUCGGCCCUCUUUAAUUAAAAAAAAAAAUUCAAAAAACCAAUCCGACAGAAAAAAAACCUUACGUAUAGUAAGAAACUGUGGAGAGUAAUUAAUUAUCAUAUAUACAAAAGAGCAAGAAUAAGAAAAUGAAAAAUAAAAAAAAUAGCAAUUCAAUCCUGUUGAAAUGGCUCAGUCAGGAGGAACAGGUAAGACAUAGGCAGAAAUCUAAUAUGAUUUAGUAAGGCUAAAGAGGUUAGGUGAUAAAAUAGAAAAAGUAAAUUUAUUGUUAUAAACAUUUAGAAAAUGGAGUUAACAUACAGAUAAAAAAUAGAAACAUUUAAUAAGAAAAUUCAAAAAAUGCCCGAACAUUAUGACAUACCAAAGGUUGGUCCAGGUUGA